UCCUGGGAUAGUUUGCAUCUGGGAUGAUCGAAAUUUGGAAAAGCCUUUAAUGACAAUGAGUCAGUCCCAUUCUGUGACAGCCACUGCAUGGAGUCCAACACGAUCUGGUUUAGUGACCACACUUGGUAAAGAAAGGCCCAUUGUGCAACUGUACGAUAUUCAACAUACUUCAGUAGUUUCACCAACGUAUGGAGUUGGAUACGAGAUAGAACCUUCUUUCAUUGAAAGGAGUGUUAAGCCCUCAGGAACAGUUGUAUCUGCAUUUUCCUGGCAUCCUUCACAAGAGAAUCGCAUGCUUACAAUAUCACCAUCUGGACUGGUCCAAGACUGUACAAUUUUUGAAAGGAUCUCUGUUACUUGGUCCCCAAACUCCCACCUUACCUGGGGUUGUGGGAAGCAUUUAUUGGAGUGCUCACAAAAGACUGCUGAGGCAGCUUUAGAGGAGGAUGUCUCGUUAAAGAUAAAGCGCAGAGCAUUUGCAGGAUAUGGAAUAAACUUUCAUCAAGUGCAAGACAUUGCAAGGAUAACUGGAGAUCCUAAGCUUGUUAAGUUGUGGUCGUGGAUUUGUCGGGUAAAGUCCAUGAGAGAGCAAGACAAAUCUAAAAAUCUGAAGUAUGAUGGCAUCAAAGCUAUCAUUGGUGGAGAGAAUGGUGGUGGAGGAGCAACUGCAAGAAGCAAAGCAGACUCUUACCAAGAACAGCGCCUUGUCGCACCAGUGUACUUCAGUGAUGAAAGAAAGCUGGCUCUUUCUCUCUGUGGCUGGGAUUUUAAAGGCUCAGGAAACAUGCUUGCUGAUUUUUUAAAUGAAUUGCAAUCUUCUGGACAGCAUGAGAGAGCUGCAGCAGUAGCCCUUUUUAAUAACAAGAUCAGAGAUGCAAUUGAAAUAUUGAGCUCACAAGGGUCAAAUAAUAAAAUAGGAUCUAAAGGAAAUAUGUUGAAUGUGGUUGCUAUGGCACUGUCAGGGUAUACAGAAGAAAAGAAUGCUUUGUGGAGAGACAUGUGUAGGGCAUUGUGUGGUCAGAUGGAGAAUCCUUAUCUUAGAUCAGCUUUUGCCUUUUUGACCACUGAGGCUGAACAGUUUGAAAAUAUUUUGGCUGAGGAAGGAAUGGAAAUUGAGGACAGAGUAGCCUUUGCGUGCAAGUUUCUUCCUGAUAAUAAGUUGUCCCAGUUUCUUGAGAACUUGUCAACAAAGUUAAGUAAUGCUGGGGAUCUAGAUGGCAUUCUUCUUACAGGAAUUUCAAUGGAUGGAAUAAACUUACUAGAAAAAUAUGUAAAUAAGACAACAGAUGUUCAAACAGCAAGCCUGGUCAUUGUCAACUGUGUUGCUCACAUCUCCAGUGAAGUAUCCAAAGAUCCAAGAGUAUUAUCAUGGAUAGAAAAUUAUAGAAGUCUGCUUGACAUGUGGAGGCUGUGGCAUCAAAGGUCACUGUUUGAUAUUCACUUUAACUUAAAAGAUUCCAGCCAGAGACCUCCUCAACAAGUCUUCGUUUCAUGUAAUUUUUGUGGCAAUUCCAUCCUUACUAACAUGCUACCAACAGGUUCAAGGCCUCGUAAACUUGCACAGUACUGCAAUCCCUCAAACAGAACUAAGAUUAUGGCAUGCCCUGGUUGCCGUAAGCCUCUUCCAAGAUGUGCUCUCUGCUUGGUUCACAUGGGAACAUCUUCAUCACUUUCACAGAAGCCAGUGAAUCAAGGAGAUUCAAGUGCAGAAAAACCAACAAAUGUACACAGUGUGAAUCCAUUUAACAACUGGUUCACAUGGUGUCAAUCUUGUCGUCAUGGUGGACAUUCCAAUCAUAUAGUUGGAUGGUUUAAGGAACAUGUUGAAUGUCCUGUGACAGGAUGUGGAUGUCACUGCAUGAACCUAGAUUCUGUUGCCACAGCAAUGCCAAACAAUGACAUUCUUUCAGUAACAUGAAUUAAUAAGUAUUUUAGAAAUAAUGUCAAAAAAAAAUUGUGGCAUAUCAUCUGAAGAAAAAAAAGAAAAACAAAGACAAAAACAAAACAAAAAACAUUUUUAGGCCAGCAGGUUAGAUAUUUCCAAUGUUAAUGCAAAUAUGCCAUAUCAAAUAUUUUCUCUUAAGUUUUAAAGAAAAG